GGACGAUCUCACUUCGUCCUGCUCAGCAUGCGCUCCCUCUGCUUGCUCACGAUUCUUCUCUCGGUCACACUCGCUACCCUCAACAUCUCGGACGACGAGCGCCAUGAGCUCUCGCGUGACUUGACGCUCUGGCAAAAGAAGUUUGGCCACGACGACCACGUGCGCGCGGCCAUGAAGCUGGUGCGAGGAACCUUGACGACCGACGACCUCCUCCGGCGCUUGAAGGCGACCAAGGACCAGCUCCCGACGAUACGUGCGGCCAACCCGCACGCCACCUUUAGCCACUUGACCAAGUUUGCGCUGCUCACGGACAGCGAGUUUGCGCGGUUCGUAUCGGGAUCUGCGUCGGUCGUCACGCCGUUGCCUGCUGCACCGGCAUCGACCAAUCGAUCGAAUCGCAGUGCAACUGUCAGCGGGAACGCCUACUCGGUCGACUGGACUACACAGUCGAUUUGCGUGCCGCCCGUCAAGUUCAAAGGCAACUGCGGCAGCAACUGGGCGAUCGUAGCGGCAGCAGCCGUCUCGUCCACGCACUGCCUCACGACGGGCGACGCCAUCAACCUCUCGGCGCAACAGGUCUUGGGCUGCUCGUACCCGGGCGGCACCGACGGCUGCAAAGGCGCUGGCUUUGCGCAGCAUGCGAUGCAGUGGCUCGUGUCGCAUUCGGACGCGUUGUGCAGCGAGUCGGCGAUCCCGUACACCUCGGGCGAGACCGGGUUGGCGCCGUUUUGCAGCGACAGCACCAAGUGCGCCGGGGCUUUUGCGCUCCAGGCCGGCCCGAUCGUUAAUCUGCGGGGCGAAGCCGCGCUCACAAAGCAGCUCCAGUUGCAGCCCGUCGUUGCGUUCGUAGCGACGCCCAACCAUAUAUGGAAGUCGUACCGGGGCGGCAUCGUCACGUGGUGUCCGCCGACGGUGUACGUCGACCAAGCCAUGCUCGUCGUCGGCUAUGGCACCCAUGAUGCUGGCUUCAACAACAAUACCUUACUCCCUUUUUUCAAGCUGCGCAAUACGUGGGGCACCAACUGGGGCGAGCGCGGCGACAUUCGGAUCUUGCGCGGUGAAGGCAACGACGAAGGCAUAUGCAAACUCGCCGCGAACCUUGUCUACUCGACGCUUCCGCCAAUGGGCGCCAGCAAGGCGACGCUUCCGCCAAUGGGCGCCAGCAAGGCGACGCUCCCUCACCAACCAUAGUCAUCGACCUGACAUGUGCGUGCCACGUAGGACGUUGUAGUUUAGUCG